ACAUACAUAACACGUAGAUGCCCUACAGAGAAAUUGAAUGAGAUCGAGCUAGAGCUUGCUGCUAUAUAUCCUUAGGAUCAAGACACACCCGCCCGAUGGAGCCUGCAGCAAACUUCCAAACGGAAAUAGACGUGGAGGCCCUGCUCAUGGAUCUGAUGGCCAGCAGACAGUGCUUUGAGACAGCGAACAACCCAUCCGGGUGCAAGAUUCCGUUAGACGACAAUGGACUGAAGCCGAAGGUGAUGAGCAUCGGCCCUUACUACCACGAUCCUCUCAAGGGGGCGAUGGAGCAGGAGAAGGCGGCGAUGCUCUACGACAUGCUGCAGGCUUGGGAGCAACAGAAGCCUGCCAUGCUGACAAGCUUACUGAAAGCGGUCAGUGCCGUCGAGAAGGAAGCGAGGGAGAACUACUUCGACCGGGUCCCUGACAUGAGCAGUCACGAGUUUGUGGAGAUGCUGUUGCUCGAUGCGUGCUACAUACUAGCCAAAUUCGUGCUGCCUUACUGCUGCACCGGCGGUGGGGCCAUCAGCGCCGCCGGGACGGAACCGCCGGACACGGCGAGCCAGACCGUGAGCGCUAUGCACGACAUGGAAUUGGUGCGCGACAUCUUCUACCUCCUCGGCAACCAGAUACCGUUCUGUGCCCUCGAGAAGAUCCACGAGGUGCUACAUGGUGGCAGUAGCAUGAGCAUGCCGCCGGGUACUACUGUGGUGACUGACACCUUGCUCACCAACGUUCGGCAGCUGCUCCAACACUUCGGCUACUCUAUUCGAAACGACACGCUCGUCGAGCCCUGGCACCUGCAUCACCUGCUGUACAUGCACUUUCAGCCCCACAACGACGGCAGCAUCAGUAGUAGUGUUGCGCAGGUCGACAGCGGCCGGAAAUCUAAAGCCAUCACGUACCGCUGGCGCGCGGCGACCUACUACCGCGCCGCCGGCGUGAUCUUCAGGAAGCGGCACCUCGACCACGGCGCCAGCAAGAAGUGGUGGUUCUGGUUCGUCGACGGCGGCGCCCGGUCCAUUCUGGACGUGAGGUUCGACGGCCUGACUCUCCGGAUCCCGUCGCUUAUGGUGGACAACAACACGUACACCGUGCUGCGAAACCUGAUGAUGCUGGAGCAGCACAACCCGGAUAAACUCGGCAGCCACGUCACUGCCUACUGCGUCUUCCUGUCGCAGAUCGCCGGCACGGCGAGCGACGUCGCGCUCCUCGUGAAGAUGGGUAUCAUCGUGCACCUCAUGGCCAACGACAUCGAUGUCGCUAACAUGCUGUCCAGGCUGUGCAGCGGCAUCACCAUCGACUUGGACGAGCCCAAGCACAACUACCUGCACAAGACACGGAAGGAUGUGGAGCGAACGUACAAGAACCGCACGAUUCGGUGCGGGGCGCUGCUGUGGCGACGGCACUUCAGAAACCCGCUGCUGGCGAUCGCCAUGGUGGCUGCCGUUGUUGCAUUUUCCUGUCAAAUUAUCCAGGCUUACUAUACAUACAAGGCCUACAAACCUUAAAAACAACACAUACCACUUACAUAUAACUAC